AUGACCACUGCCAAUCUGCCUGAAUUCAGACAAGAAGGCCAGCUGCGCGUUGCCGGUCUAUCAAACUCCAUUACCGACGCAACCACGCUCACUGAAGAGAUGGGUGUACCCUAUCUGUGGGUUGACGCGAUGUGUAUCAUUCAGGAGGCUGACGGAAGAGCCGACAAGGCAAGGCAGAUUCCUGUCAUGGACGCGGUUUACGGACUAGCAGAGCUCACCAUCGUCCAGGCCAGUGGUCAGAAUAGCAAAUGCCAUCUGAUGGGUUUCGGGGACAACUCGACGCCACCAAAACAGAUUCAAGGUGAAAUAAUGCCGGGCCUACGGGUUGCUGUUCAGAUGACGGGUUUCGACGACAAGCAGAAGCCAGGCGACACCCCUCAACCGGUUAAGUCUUCGAGCUUGAUGCCGCAGUUUGGCUCCCAGAUGCUGCCUGUCGAGGCAUCUGAGCUCCAGGAGAUCUACAACAAGCUGCAAAGUCUUGAAUCCAUCGACCACCUCGGCCGUAAUGACCACAUCUCAAGGUACGAGUCGACUGUUCAGGAAUACACGAGUCGGGAGAUGACAUAUUGGGGCGACAAGCUGAACGCCUUCGCUGGGCUUGGGGCCAUUUACGAAAGGCAGAUGGACACCAAACUGGUGUUUGGGCUGCCGACAAAUCAGCUCGAUAUGGCGCUGUUGUGGUCCACGACGGACGGUCCAUCGCUAGAGAGGUUACCCGAUUUCCCCAGCUGGUCGUGGACAGGAUGGAAGGGCGCCGUGCAUUACUCCACCAGUAAUCCUGAGGCGCUGUCGCCGACGUGCCGCUUCUGGAUAGUAGACAGGGACCUCCGUGCUACUGGUGAUGGGAUGAUCCUGUCGAAGCGUCUUGUUCAGACGUGGGAGGCCGACGACUACGUCCCACACGAACGCCAGGUCCGGGUCCGUCUUAUCGACCCUGGCAAUAGAACACUUUACCCCAAAGUAGGUGUCAGCGGGUCCUUGGAUCGCUCCCAUACUCACCAUCUGGAUCCCAAAAUGGCCUUCAGCAAAUGUCUUGGUUUCGAAACCGUUCACUCCCAACGCCUCUCAGACUUCAGUAACAAGGACGGUCGCAAACUGGUGCUCAAUCUAACUGGGAAGGUUGUGGGAGGAAUAGCUCUGGAUGAGCCAUUGGGAGCUGCUGCUUUGACCGCAGAUAUGGAGCCUGCCAGGCUCAACCUAUGCACAAGUGGCCAGCUGGACAGAGGGGAGGAAUACUGGGCUGAUGCCAAUUGUUCCGACAAAUACUUCCCGGAAUUUCUCUUUUCCACCCCUGGUUUGGGUGGCAACAAGAUGAUUGAAGCUAAGACCUCUCUAGCUAGAACAUCAGAAUCUCAUAUGAAAUGGUGUCGUGUUCUUCUUGUAGAGAAGAGGGCUGAUGGCAGUAUGAAGCGAAAGGGAGUAGGCGACAUGGUCGCGGCGGCGCUGUAUGACGUGGAGCAAAAGAUGUGCUUUCUUUCGUGCUUUCUUUAA